AUGGCACAGAUUCGAGGAACGGCGGGCUACAACCUGGGUGGAGGCCAGAGCCAAUUUGGAGGACCAAGUAGAGGGGAUAUGACCAGCGAUUCGAGCCCUUUUGAUACGAUCAGACAGCAAACUGGCAAGAUCGAGGAUGUUUUGGACACUUUGUUUGAGCCUGUCAAACCAUAUCUGCCAGCAAUUGGACGAUUCCUGAUUGUGGUUACUUUUGUGGAGGACGCGCUGCGAAUAAUUACACAGUGGAACGACCAAUUAAUCUACCUUAACGACUACAGACACAUCCCCUUCGGCCUUACCCACACCUUCCUCAUCGCUAACGUCUUUGCCAUGGUCUCAUGUUCGGCCCUCGUCAUUAUCCGAAGGUACUCUGACUACGCCGUCGGAGGCCUCAUUGGAGUAGUGGUCACACAAGCGCUUGGGUAUGGGCUCAUUUUCGACCUGAACUUCUUCCUCCGCAACCUGUCUGUCAUGGGAGGCUUGUUGAUGGUCCUUUCCGACUCGUGGGUGAGCAAGACCAAGGCCUUCGCUGGUCUCCCCGAAAUCGACGAGAAGGACCGGAAGAUGUACUUCCAGCUUGCUGGCCGAGUUCUCUUGAUUUUCCUGUUCGUCGGAUUUGUUUUCAGUGGAACUUGGAACAUUUGGAGAGUGAUUGUGGCAAUUUUUGGCUUCGUCGCUUGCGUCAUGGUUGUUGUCGGCUUCAAGGCAAAGUUCAGCGCCAUCAUGCUUGUGCUAAUCUUGAGUAUCUUCAACCUGUUGGUGAACAAUUUUUGGACUCUCCACGACCACCACCCUCACAAGGAUUUCGCCAAGUACGACUUCUUCCAGAUUUUGUCAAUCGUUGGAGGGCUUCUCUUGCUCGUGAACAGCGGACCCGGUAAAUAUAGCAUCGACGAGAAGAAGAAGGUUUACUAG